AUGUCGCACUUCUGGAUUACAAGGUCGGGGGUAGCAACAUUCGGCAAGAUUUCGACAGCAGCAUCUCUAGCUGGCACAGCGGGCUGGCAGUUAUGGACAAUGAAUUGCUAUUUCGAGCCUUUUGGACCGAAAAAUGAUCCUCUGUUCCAGAGCCAAUAUUUCAAGCAGCACAAUCCUGGAAAUCAUCCUUCGUUGAACGACUCUUGUGUGCGAAAGGUGCCGCUAUCCCAAAUCCCACCUGAGUUAAUUGAUGAUGCCCUUAAUGGUGGUUCCAAGCUCACCGAGAGGUUCUGCGCCGGCGUAUGGGGCGGUUACGGAUAUGCCAUCCAGCGGAAGAUAUUGGCUCGACUGGGAAGGGAUGACUCCAACAAGGAAUCGGUGCUGUGGGAUAAGAAGCAGCUACUGAGCAGUACCUAUGAAGAAGGGACCAAUGUAACUGAUCACUUCAUCGUCUCUGGGAAGACUCCUAGAUCCAUCAUCUUGUGGGGAGCUCAGUCUCCAUCGGAGAAUCACGGGGUACCUCGGGACAUGGAAAAUAUCGCCGAAAUUACCACCGAUAUCGAUCUCGACCGGGGCGUGGCCGAGUUCAGGCUGAAGAACAUCUUUUACAACGGCGUGGAGCGAACGACGAAAGCACUGUUUCCGCCGCCAAUCGUGUGGCUGCAUUUUCAGUACUGCAAAUUAUUAGUUGAGGCGGGAGUAAGCCACUGCAGGGUGUAG